AGGACCCUGCCGGCCUCCGUCCUCUUCCGCUCGCCUCAGGUGCGGCACGGAUCCCUCCGCCUCAGCGAGCGCUCCCGGUAGCGCUGCGAUCGGCUUUUCGGCAAUACCCGGAUGGAAGCAUAAUGGCCGCCUUAAGGGACUCGCAGGCAAUGGGGACCACGACAGGUAUUCCCCGUGAGCGGGGCCGCCCAGACCUGUUAGGAUGCCGGGACUUCUAGAGAGCCAGCUAGGGGGCAAAGGGCGAGUUUGUGGGGGCUGCAGGGCCCCCCGAACCCUCUCAGGGUUCCGCCUCUCGUGAUAGGAAGCGUCUGUUAAAUAGUCCCGGCCAUUCAGCGCUUCCGCCUAACUUGUCGCAAAGUUUUUCCAGAGAAGUCGGUCCUUUUACUAGGCGCUCUUAGGCUGCCAGAGCUAACCUUCAGUCCUUUAGCCUGGGCUUGCUUUACGUCGGGGCUUUUUGAACUCCGCACUCUUCCACAGUCCAGGAACUGGAGCGGGAGGGCAGCACAGUGUGCCUCCGCGAGCCCGAGGGGCAGCCGAGCCCCGGAGGAAGGGGCGGAUCGGGCGCGGUGUUUGGGACGGAGCGGGGCGCGCGGCGCUCGAAGCACCCACUCGGCGCGUUCCGGGGCUGGUGGAGACUGCUUGGGCACCCCUCAGACCGCACCCCUCGAGCUGUAGGUUCGCAGGUCCACGGCAGCCCGACUCGACGGCGUCCCCAUUGUGGGUUCAGUCUGUGGUCUUUGGAGGUCUUUUUUUUGUUGUUGCAGAUAUGCUCAAGUCUCUGGCGCGCGCUCCUUCCUCCAGAGUUGGCCAAGGGCGCUCUUCUGUGCAGACCCCAACCACACCCAGUGGCAGAUGGAUUUCUUUGUAACUGGCUUUCUUACUUGUAGGGUCCAUUUUGAGUCUGUUCUUAACAUGUCCUCAUUGUCAAGUAGUAGACAGUCUCUUCCUAGAUGGCUAUGGUAAUUGAAAAUAUAUAGGAUGAAUGUAUGUAAGGUAAAAUGUUAUAGCUCUUAAGUAGACCAAUGAAACAGAUACGGUAGCUUUAACGUUCUGAAUGCAAAAGUCCAGGUUCAGUCUUCUAUUUAGGUUUAAAUUUGGGGGCGUUUACUGUUUGUGAACUAUUUUAGCGAAAACAUUCGUUGGGUAUGUUUGGAUAUCAAAACUUAAAAAAACACUAGAAAAGUAAAAUAAAUCAAUGUUUAAAGAAUACAUAAUAGUGUUGAACUCUGCGCGGUUGUCACGAUGAUGAAACAUGCCACCAAACUGUACAUCAGGGUGGGAAUUUCAUUAACUUUGAACGUCUAUGUGUUAGGCCUAGUUUACUGAAAUGGUUGAAUUGUUUUUCAUGCAGGAAGGGAUCCGAUUUGAGUGUACUGUAAAGUUAUUGUACUCAAGUUGAACAGAUAAAAACCACUUAAAUGGAUUCUGUGAAAUACCCUAACAUUUUUCAGAGUUUAACUGCAAAUCAAUAGAAGUGGGUUCAUUAUCUUUCAACAAAACUGAAUUUUCCUGAAAUUCAUUAAGACAUUGCAUUGUAUUAACUUUUUUCAGGGUGUUAACAUUUCAUGAGGACGGUAAGCAUAGUAGACCAUGUUGAUUUUUGUUAAAAUUCUCAUAAAUAAGAUGAAUCCUAGAUCUAGAAAAUUAACAAAAGGGUGGGGAAGGAGAAAAAUGUAGGUAUCUAACACCUGUUCUGCACAUCCAAAUUUUUCCUUAUUGUUGCCACGAAAAAUAUCAUCUCUUCUUUUGAUCACUGCUCCUGAUUGUGGCUUUGUCCAAGCAUUAAAUUGUGUGCCUUUUGUUCCUUGAAGAAAGAGCUGGUGCUAGCAACCCCAACUGUGUCUGGUCUCUGGACCCAGCUCAAAGCUCUGGAUUCAUUCUCUUCCCAUACCUCAGCCUGAGCCUUCUGUCACCCCAAAGGGCUUCACACAAGCUUCCUCUCAAGCCCUCACUUCUCUCACAAGAUGAAGAAACUAAAACACAGAGAUUGAGACUUGUCUAGAGUAACACAAACCAAUGAGGAAACUGAGGUGCAGAGAAGUCAAACCUUGCCCAGUGUUACAGAGCAGAGCUGGAAGUAAAGCUUGUAUUUCCUGAGAUCCAGAUUAGUGUUAUUUCUACUUCAGACUAUUACUUCUUGUUCUUUGUUUGAUUUUAGGUGAGUUAAUGUGGGAAAAAUCCUGGUAUUUUGAAGAUGUCUCGGCACAGUAUUGUUUCCUGUUCAAAUUACAAGUAACUUCAAGAGUUUGCAGGAAAAAAAGAAAUUGGGAUUUUUUUGGUUAAAUCAUGCCAUCUGAACAGAAACAUUUAUUUUUUGAUGAAAAACAGAAUACUUUAAAAGGAGAUUAUGAUGUGAAAAAUGAGAUAGUUGAUACUAUCAGAUCAGUACUUAAACCAAAAAUUUCAGAAAGUAGUUUUCAUUAUGAACUAAAAAAUGUGAAAAUUGUUUUGCCGAAGAUAAAUAUUCCAAAUGAGGUCCUAUUGAAACAUGAAGUUGACAAAUACAGAAAAUUAUUUCAGCAUAAACCACAGACUGCAAGAAAAUCUAUCAGUAUAAAGACUGUAAGCUGUGUAGAGGAGUGUAUGUUACUCCAUAAGUCUGAGAGAGUUGAAGAAGGUAUAAAAAUGUCUGCAAAAAUACUCAACUUCAACUGUUUGAAGUGCCGAGAUAGUACUCGGUAUAGCCCAAAUGAUUUGCAGAAACACUUCCAAAUGUGGCACCGUGGUGAAUUACCUUCAUAUCCUUGUGAAAUGUGCAGUUUUUCAGCAAAUGACUUCCAGGUAUUCAAACAACACAGACGAACCCAUAGAAUUACUUUAGUAAAAUGUGACAUUUGUAACAAUGAGAAUUUAUAUACUUUAUUAGACUUGACAAAGCAUUUUUCAUCCACACAUUGUGUAAAUGGUAAUUUUCAAUGUGAAAAGUGUGAAUUCUCCACCCAGGAUGUUGGCACAUUUGUUCAGCACAUACAUAGACAUAACGAAAUCCUUUAUAGAUGUGGUAAAUGCCAUUAUAUAUGUUUAACCAAAGGAGAGCUUCAGAAGCACCUUCAUAUUCACUCUGGUACGUUUCCCUUCACUUGUCAAUAUUGUAGCUAUGGUGCUACCAGGAGAGAGCACCUUGUAAGACAUGUUAUAACUUUGCACAAAGAACAUUUAUAUGCGAAAGAAAAACUGGAAAAAGACAAAUAUGAAAAAAGGAUGGCAAAGACUUCAGCAGGACUUAAACUAAUAUUGAAAAGAUAUAAAAUAGGUGCAUCAAGGAAGACAUUCUGGAAACGUAAGAAAAUCAACAAUGGAAGUGACAGAAGUAUAGAAAAAAACACUCAAGUGCUUAAAAAAGUGAACAAAACACAGGCUAAAUCUGAAGACCAGAGCCAUCUUGUUCAGGAACAUUUAAAUGAAGAAAAAGAUGAAAGACUAUACUGUGAGAAUAAUGAUAAACCUGCUGAGUCAGAGUCAGAAAAGCCAACUCUUCUGUCCACUGGGCAAUGUAAUGGAGCUGAAGAGGGAUCAAAUUCUACUUCAGGUUUCUUGAAGACUGCUGUACAAGGACCUACGGUGUUAAUGGUAAAAAAUAAUAGAAUAACAAUUCCUGCUAACUACAGUGCUAAGUUUAUGGGCUUUAAGAUGGUGGAUGGAAAACAACAUAUUGUAAUAAAACUGUUGCCUACCAAUAAACAGAAUUUAUAUUCACCAGGCUCACAGUCAGGUGCUGUAAGGGACAGUACUGCAAUUUUGCAGCCCCAGACUUUGGACACUACUGCAUUUUUAACAGGAGUAACAACUGAGUUAAAUGACACAGUUUACAUGAAAGCAGCUACUCCAUUUUCAUCUUCAUCUCCUAUACUUUCAGGGAAGGUAACUUCAGAAAAAGAAAUGGCUUUACUAUCUCAAACAAGUAAUAUGCUUCCAACUAUGGAUGAUGAAAAAAGUGUUUCUCCUUUGCCAAUAACAUCAGAAUUGAUUACAGCAUCGGUGAAUUUGACCACAAAAGUAGAAACAAGAGAGAAUGUUGACUUAUGGGGAAGUCAUAUUACUCAUUGUCACCCUGAGGUAUCAGGUAGUGCCAUGAAAAGUCCAGAUAAAGUCACCUGUACUACCAAACCGAAUUCAUACAACAGUGGAGAUAUGCAUAACUAUUGCAUUAAUUAUGUCAACUCUGAGUUACCUGUUGAAUCUUCCAACCAAGGGUCAUUACCUUUUCAUAAUUACUCAAAAGUGAAUAAUUCUAAUAAACGUCGUAGGUUUUCAGGGACAGCAGUGUGUGAAAACCCUCAAAGAGAAUCUUCAUCAAGCAAGACAGUAGUUCAACAACCAAUAAGUGAGUCAGUUUUAUCACUAGUGAGGAAGGAGAGCUCAAACCCAGAUAGCCUUUUAGCAUCUAUUAGUCAUUUAAAUACUAAAGAUGGAACUUUAAAAACACAAUCUGAAAUUGAAGAACAGUGUGUUUUAGAAAAAGGACAAAACAUUGAUGGACAGAAUCUAUACACUAAUGAAAAUCAGAAUUUAGAGAGCAUGACUGAAAAGCCUAAAUGGGAUGACGUUUCUAGUGUUGAGUCACCUAUGAUGCCUAGAAUUACAUCUGUUUUCUCUCUCCAGAGCCAACAGGCGUCAGAACUUUUGCCACCUGAAAUAAACCAGUUACUUCAAGAUGUAUUAAAAGCAAAACCUGAUGUAAAACAAGACUCUAGUAACACUCCAGAUAAAGACCUGCCGCUUCAUUGUGACCAGUCAUUUCAGAAACAUGAGGGAGAAGACAAAAUAGUUGAAUCUUCAAAAGACUUGAAAGUACAAGGCUUCUUUCCGAUUCCAUCUGGUAAUAUGGGGAUUAAUGUGGCUACAAAUGAUCUGAAUUUCAAAUGUAGUGGAAAAGAAAAGCACAUGUUGUCAAUGUCACAAGAUGUGAGAGAUUCAGAGAAGACCCCUAGAAUUUCUGGUUUUGGCACAUUACCUAAGACUCAGUCAGAUGCAAUAAUUACACAGCAGCUUGUAAAAGACAAACUACGAGCCACUACGCAAAAUAUAGGUUCUUUAUAUGUGCAGAGUCCACUUGUAAAUUCAGAACCAAAAAAGGCGAUCUUUGUUCAGACUCCAAAAGGCUUUUUUGUACCAUUGCACAUUGCUAACAAACCUGGAUUACAUGUUUCAGGAAGACCACUUCCAUUGGUUAAUACACAAGGUGUCCCUGCCUCUCUCCUUUUAAACAAGAAACCUGGGAUGAUUUUAACAUUUAAUAAUGGGAAACUUGAAGGUGUUUCUGCUGUCAAAACUGAGAAUGCUCAAGCUUGUGGAACUACAAAUAAGGAGCCUUGCAGAACACCUUUUUUAAAAGUAGAACCAAACAGUAAUUGUCUAACCCCUGCACUUUGUUCCAGCAUUGGCAGCUGUUUGAGCAUGAAAAGUAGCUCAGAAAAUACUUUGUCAUUAAAAGGCCCUUACAUUAUUAAAACGCCAGCAAGUUCUUCAGUGAAAGGUGUUCCUGCUCCUAAUAUAAUAUCUGAGCAUCAGGGCACUAAGUUGAAUAUCUCGGAUUCAGUAAAACAGCAGAACAAGAUUUUUCCAAAACCACCUCUUUACACCCUUUUGCCUGAUGGCAAACAAGCUGUUUUUUUAAAGUGUGUGAUGCCAAAUAAGACUGAGCUGCUUAAGUCUAAAUUAGUCCCGAAUAGUACUUAUUAUAAAAAUAUACAGCCAAAGAAACCUGAAGGAACACCACAAAAAAUACUGCUGAAAAUUUUUAACCCUGUUUUAAAUGUGACUGCUGCUAAUAAUCUGUCAGUAAACAACUCUGCAUCCUCACUGCAGAAAGACAAUGUACCAUCUAAUCAGACUAUAGGAGGAGAGCAGAAAGAGCCAGAAUCUUCUAGAGAUGCCUUACCCUUAUUACUAGAUGAUAUGAUGCCAGCAAAUGAAAUUGUGAUAACUUCUACUGCAACAUGCCCAGAAUCUUCUGAGGAACCAAUAGGUAUCACUAACCAUUCAGAGGCCAGGGUAUUAAGGUGUAAAACAAAUUGUACAAUUGAGAGAAACUUCAAUAAGAAAAAGACUUCGAAAAAGAAAUGUUCAAGAAUAAAAACUCAUGAAAGAAGUAAAGAUUCUGAAACUUCCUUUGUAUCUAGAAACAGAAACUGUAAACGCAAGUGUAGGGAUAGUUACCAAGAACCUCCAAGAAAAAAAGCAUUACACAGAAAGUGUAAAGAAAAAGCAAAGCCUGAAGAUGUCCAUGAAUCGUUCGGAUUCAUCAGACCCAGGCUUUCAAAAGAUUCAGUCAGAACUUUGCGGCUUUUCCCCUUCAGUUCCAAACAGCUUGUGAAAUGUCCUAGGAGAAACCAACCAGUUGUAGUUUUGAAUCAUCCUGAUGCAGAUGCCCCAGAAGUAGUAAAUGUAAUGAAAACUAUUGCUAAAUUUAAUGGACGUGUACUUAAGGUUUCAUUGUCAAAAAGAACUAUCAGUGCUUUACUGAAACCAGUUUGUUAUAACCCUUCUAAAACAACUUACGAUGAUUUUCCCAAGAGGCACAAAACAUUUAAACCUGUUAGUUCUGUGAAAGAAAGAUUUGUGCUAAAAUUAACUCUCAAAAAGACAAGCAAAAACAAUUACCAGAUUGUGAAAACUACCUCUGAAAAUGUUCUGAAGGCUAAAUUUAACUGUUGGUUUUGUGGUAGAGUAUUUGACAAUCAGGAUGCUUGGGCUGGUCAUGGUCAGAGACAUUUAAUGGAAGCUACUCGUGAUUGGAACAUGUUAGAAUAAUUUACUGUAAUUACCAAGGAAAAGAAAAGUAAAAUUACCUUAGAAGAAAAUAGUGGGUUGAAUUACUAAUGCAGACAUUUUUUACUUCAAUGUAGUACCUGAAGUUAAACAUUUAAAAGUUGGCUAUAUUUCCAUGGAAGAGCAAAAGUUUUAGUGUGAUAUUUGAAAAUGCUGUCAGUCAGUGCACAUGUUAAGUUUUGAAAGAAACUAAUCAGCACAGAUACACCUUGAUUUAAUUUUUUAAAAUGUGUUCUCGGGAAGUUAGGGCUAAAGAAAAUUUUGAUAAAACAGUUUUCCCAGUUUAGUGACUCUUAGUAGAGAGUAACAGCUGACAGCCCCAUUCCCUCUCUUCUUCCACCAGCCUUAUGAUUCUGAUAACUAUAGCUCCCCUGAAGAGGCUGAGAUCUCUUUCAUUAUGGAACUGAAGGAGUUUCUCAUUAUUUGUGAAGAUACUCUAAGAGAACUUGGGUAAAGAACUUACUCUACAUCUGCAAAAUGUAGUUCUUUUGAAGGUAGUUAAGCUCCUUUGAGGGUACAUUUAACUCACUACAGUUACACCUCAUAUGAUUGUUGAUAAGAGUUUUUGACAAGCAGAUCUUUUUUCCUUGUAAGCUGUGUUCCAUGUCAUUGAUUGGAACUCUCUUCCAAUGUGAUUUUCUUUUUCUAAAUGGCUCUCAAGUGUUGCAGUAGAUGGGCAAUCUCGAGAGAAGAAUUAAACUCUCUUUGUCUAGUUUGAAGUUCAUUUAAAGAACUUGAACAUUUUUCUGAAUUUGGUUAUAUUCCCCAGUGAUUCCCUUGCACAGAACUAUGUUUAUUUGAUUUAAAUUGUCCCCUCGUAAACCAAGUGGCCAAUUUUUUUCUUGGUUGCCAUCCCUUUUAAAAAGAGUGAAACAUAGAAGCACUUCCAAGGGAAUGGCUUUUCUUGAAAAUUAAAAGUUACUCCUCAGAAACAAUAUUUUGAAGUAAGAUUAGCAAAGCAAAUCAUACUUUUGUGUUUAUUAUUAGUGUCUGAACAUGUCCACAUUGGGACAAACCAUUUUUGUUAGCAACUUUUCAGUAUGACUGACAACCCAAAGCAGAUUACUGAUUGUUUGCAGUUGGAAAUUGAAGAAGCAUUAAUAGUGGACUCAGUGACAGUGCAUAAAACUUCAGGACAGAUUCCGAAGGGGCAUGUCCAACAGGUAGAGUUUUUAAAUGAAUAUUUUCAUGACAACAGAAUCAUCGAUUUAAACUUCCCACUUUGUAAGUUUGGAUCAAAUUUUGUUGGACCAUUGGACAAUGGAGUUCUUGUAUUAAAAAAUUACAUACUAAUUUUUGUUACAUUGUUACUACUAGUGUUAUGACAUUUUCAUUGAUUGAAUGAAAACUUCAGGGCUCCUUUUCUGUAUAUAACAAAGAAUUUAGAACCUGUACAUAUUUUUGUACCUUUCAGUUAUGUAAAUUUUGCACAGAAAGUUUUUGACAUAAAAAGUUUAUUUUCUUUCAAUUUAGUUCUGUGCAUGCACUAAUAAAACUUGUCGUUUAAUUUAAAAGGAAUAUAUAAGACUUUACCCAUGUUAUUUUUUUGGUUUUUAUUUCAGAUGUACAAUUUCUUUUUUUUUGAUAAAUUCAGUUUUCAGGGAUUGAACACUAUUGUUAGCAAGUGCCUAAAAGAUGUGAAACAGUUUACAUACGUCAACUGUAACAUUAGGUCCCAAAUGGGCCCACUCCCCCAAUAAUUUUAUUUUAAAGAAAGCCAUACAUAGAUGCUUCAAGCUAUCUUGCUAUGCACAUUAUACAUGUACUGUUUUUGUGCAGUUUGUCUACUUUCUUAGAAGUGAAGUAUUUUUUUGUACAAAACCUGUUACAAUUGUGUUUCUUAAAUUGAGCCUAAGAACGGAGUUGAUUGGA